AUGGUUCGAUAUGCGGCUUGGCUAUCAGCAGCGGCAACUAUCAUAUCGUUGUACUGUUGCCUCCAAUUGAAGAAGAGUCAGCCGCCAAAGCCAACACCAUACCCAAUCUCCUUCCGCAUCCAGUUCGACACCAAUGUGACCCGCGAGGAGCAGCAGCAGACACAACGCCAAGAGAAUCGCACUCUUCGUUCCAGUCUCUACUACGAUUGGACCAUUCCAGCCCAGCGGAUCGAUCAUCCAUCCGGUGCCUACGAAUGUGUUCGAUUCUAUAAUGUUCACUCGCAUGGAUGCAGUCUCCAUUUCCGGUCAGAUGGAAUGUAUCGAGUCAUUCAGCAAGACAUCCAUAUUGAGGAGAAGGAUUCCUUCCAAACUUGCUGCUUGGAUCUUCCAGGAGUGGGACCCCCUCCUCCGGAUUGGGCACAACGAGCAAAUCCAACCUUUACCGGUCUCAAACAUGAUGCAUAUUCGGGAUACGAUAGCUACGAAUUUGUGUUUGACCACCUCCUCAAUAUCUAUGAGGUACCGUUUAUUGGGAAUCAUGAACAUGGCCAACAGCUUGACGACGACAAUGACAUUUACGAUCGAUUUCACACCGCAAGAGAAGUUCAUGAUGAUGGCAUACUUGCAUCUGCGAAUAAUAAUGGAUUGCCUUUGGUGUUUACUUUUCCCAGCAAAGCCAAGGGACUGCAAGAUUAUCAUUUUGACCCCACCAGUCUGGUGAUUGGCCCGCAAGACCGAGCACUCUUUCAGUUACCCAAGGGUUGUGAAAACGUUCGUUGCGACAAGAGUUUGGACGAGGUCAUCACCGAGACGUAG